UAUAUCUAAUUAGAGCUAGGAGUCACCCUGAAGGGUUGGGUUCAACAUUUGAUCGGAGAGAGGCAAUUCUUCUUCUCGGCCAUGAUCUCGUCCCAAAAACGGCCUUUGAUGAUGCAUCAUCACUCAACCACCUUGCCCACCUGUCUCCCGCCCGCCUCACCUACUCAGGCUGCGGAUGGAUCCUCCCCUCGGGCCACGCCCACUCGCUUAACUCAAUCGUUUAGUUUGCCCAAACCCAACUUCAAGGACCAUCCUCAGACGUUUUCCACGAAAAAAUCUCGUGCCACGCCCCGUUUUCGUCCCCCGCCCCGCCCACCGGCCAAGACGUGUCCGCCCGUGUCUCGCGUGUUCAGCCGUCGGAUUCCACAUUUGGAGCGCGCUCAGAGCGUGACUUUCAAAGAUCGACCCAAUGGCUCGAUGACGCCUACGCCCAUCGGCACGCCUCUCUUGGCCUCGCCCGUGUACGACGACAGUAUUGGCCAAAGCUACUUUGAACAGGCCUUCACCGUGGAAAAGGAGAUUGGCGAAGGCCAUUUCGGCAAAGUGUAUCGCGUGCGAAGCAAAGAAGAUGGGCGAUUGUACGCCGUAAAAAUUGCGCAAGAAUGCUACAAAGGUGAUAAUGAUCGGGCCCGGAAAUUGGAGGAAGUUCGCAAGCACGAGUUCCUCCUCCAUCAUCCCAAUUGCGUGCGCUUCUAUCAAUCUUGGGAGGAGGGCGGCCGUCUCUACCAGCAAUUCGAAUUGUGUGAAAUGUCCCUGGACGAGUUAUCCGAGGAGAAACACGACUUGCCCGAGAAGCUCAUUUGGGGAUACCUCGUCGACCUGCUUUUGGCCCUGAAGCAUCUCCAUGACCAUAAUCUCAUUCACAUGGAUGUGAAACCCGAGAACAUCUUCAUCGGUCGCGAUGGUAUUUGCAAAUUAGGUGACUUCGGUUUAGUCUUGGAUCUGUCCAAAGAUGAUCUCACGUUCCAACACAACUAUGGCGGAGGCGAUUCCAAGUACAUGGCCAAUGAGGUGCUCAGUCACAUGUACACACCUGCCGCGGACAUCUUCUCCUUGGGUCUGACCAUUCUUGAGUUGGCGUGUGAUCUGGAACUGCCUAAUAACGGGCCAUUGUGGCACGAAUUACGAGACACCGGGCCCAGUCCUGAAAUCACGGGUCAGCUCUCGCCCGAAUUGCGACGGGUCAUUCAACUUAUGUCAGCCCGAGAUCCCAUUCGAAGACCCACUGUCGGGCAACUUCUAGCCCUACCCUGCAUCCGCGAAGCCAAACUGGCUAGACAACGGGAAUUGCAGUGGAAUAAUGCCGUUCUCACUGUCAGACGUUGGUGCUCUCCCUUAAUGAGAAUCUGUUUCAUGAUGAUCGCUCUUAUUUGCUGGCCUGUUUCUGAGGUUGGCAAAUCAAUUUUCAAUCAUUUUGGAAUUCACAUCGGAGCAAAGGAAAGUACGGAGGAGGGGGAUACUCCAAAUGAAGGGUCGAAUGACAACGUGGAUCCCUGCGACGAUCACACGCCUCCCUCCAUUCCAAAUCGCAGUUUCAAUGCGACCAAGCUGACCUUUUCAUCAGAUGACGAAGAAGGACAAAACAACUCGCUCUCCUCGUCCACCCACAGCGUAUUGGCUUGCCCUCUUCCACCCUCCGAUUUUUCCCCUCUAAGAACGAGAGACGAGAAAGUGUUUCACGAUGGAAAUGUGCCCUCACCCAUCCCUUCACCUCGGCCGACUUUCUCGUCGGUUCCCACCCGUCAAGUUCAAUCCACACCCAGUGGACUCAAGUCGCGAUCCAGGCGAUCCGCGGCCAAGAAGUGUGGGAGUGCUGUCAAAUCACCCAACAAGAAGUUGGAUUUCAGUCAAUUAGGGCACAUGGAAGGAGCAAAUGGCCCAGCCGUGACUCCGGAUACGCGUUCGGUCUUGAGUUCAAAGUGUGAGGAACGCGGUGACGUUGACGACGACGACCAUGAUGGUCUCAAUAUUGGCCAUGGCAAUAAGAGCAUAAAUGACUCGAACGUGAAAACCAAGACCCUGAAACCCGCGUCUUUGGCUUCAAAAUUCGAUUAUUUCUCCGAUAGUGAUAGCUAAGUCAUGACAAGCUUCCCUUAGUGUCGACAACAUUGAACAUCGGCAGUUCGGAACCCACCCAAAUUUGUGAUGAAUUCUCUCUACACUAUUCUAUUGCUAAGCCCAUGAUUGUACCCAUUGCAGAAAUAUUCUCGGACAUUAAAAGACUUAUGAUGGCA